CGGAGCGCGGUCUUGGAACAAAGUGAGGGCGCAAAACUUCCCCUGCUGCUGCCUCGGCCUCUCGGAGCCUCUCGGAGCCUCUCGGAGCCCCCGGACUGAAGGAGCUGGCGAGGAGGCGCCCCGAAGGCGAGCCCCCCGCGCUCGAUUGCUGGGUCCGGGUUGGAGGCUGCGAGGAGGGGCGAGCCAAGGUAUGUGAGUGGGGUCCUAAGGACCAGCCUCCUGGAGCAGAGGGCCCUAAAGAAAUCACCCCAGUGUUGUCCAGGGAUUGAAACACUGGACUAAUGGGAAGACAUCAUGGUGUGGUAGAAAGGUCAGUGAAACAGGAAUUAGUGCCUGUGUGUUACCGACCCAUUUCCCACUGUGUGACUCUGGAGUGUUUUCAUGGAUCCUCUUUUUGUGGUUGUUAAACAUAAUGUGCCGCCCUCAAGACCAUGUGAACUGCAUUGAUCACUAAUUGCUUUUGCAUCAAAAAGUGAUUCUUCAGGUGAAGAUGGGGAAUUCUGAGAGUCAAUACAGUCUUCAAGGAUCUAAAAAUCAUAACAGUUCUGCCACUGGUGCAAAACAGAAGCCUUGUCCUCUGAAAAUCCGCAGCAUCCAUGCAAAAGAUGAAAAAUCUUGCUCAUUGCAUGGGUGGGGGCAUGGAAACAGUGGGACAAAUUACAAGUCUCGAUCCCUGGCCAGGAGCUGCCUUUCCCACUUUAAGAGUAACCAGCCUUAUUCAUCAAGACUCAAUGACCCAUUGGCCAAAGGCUCUAAAGGCAAUACCCACACAAAGCACAAAGUGAAUGUGUCAGGAAACUAUUUACAAGGAAAGAAUUCUGCCUUCUUGUCUGAGAAUGGCUUUCAUUAUAUUAGUCAUGAACCAGCAGAUAACCAUAUCACCUCCAGAGACUGCAAUGGACACCUUCUGAACUGUUAUGGGAAAAAUGAGAGUCUUGCCUCAACCCCACCAGCUGAAGACCGGAAGAGCCCAAAGGUUCUUAUUAAAACACUGGGAAAAUUGGAUGGAUGUUUAAGGGUUGAGUUCCACAAUAGUAGCAACAACAAAGUGCCUACAGAGGACUCCACUGGACCAGUCCAACUGUUGAGGUAUUCUCCUACAUUAGAGUCUGAAUCUUCCAACCUAACUGAAGUACGGAGAAAUUCUAGUACUGAUUAUCCUCCCAGCCAUUGCCUUUCUCCUACUGAUUCCCGGCUGCGAUCUAGCAAAGGCAGCUCUUUUAGCUCUGAGUCUUCUUGGUAUGACUCUCCUUGGGGAAAUGCUGGGGACAUCAAUGAACUGGAGGGAUCUUACCUGACCAGAAGCACUCCAGAUACCAGCAUCCAUUCCAGUUUUCCAUCAGAUGAUGCCAAAAAGCCUUUUAACCAAAGUUCAUCUCUAUCUUCCCUCCGGGAGCUGUACAAAGAUGUUGCCUUAGAACAUCUUCCUCCAUCAGGCAUUAGACUUUCUGAUGAAUUCAUUGGUACACAUGCCAGUUUAAAUAGUAGAGUUUCAUUUGUCUCAGACAUUGAUGUGCCCUCAAGGGCAGAGCAAAGAGGACCUGUACAGUACUGUUCUUAUACCCUUCCCUGUCGGAAGUCCAAACCCUUAACAGAAGAUACUUCUAAAAAGGACACGUUAAAAACUAGAAUGAGGCGAAUCAGCGAUUGGACAGGAAGUCUCUCAAGAAAGAAAAGGAAACUCCAGGAGCCCAAAUCCAAGGAUGGAUAUGACCAUUUGGAUUCUCGAACUGAUGGUCUCAGUGCAGAAGCACUGUUGCCUUCACAGUUGUCUAGUUUGCUGUGGUCAGGUGGCUCUGGCCAGACCCUGCCUCAGAGGAGUGAGUCCACUAAUGCAAUUAGCAGUGACCCCUUGCGACAGAACAUCUAUGAAAAUUUCAUGCGGGAGUUGGAGAUGAGUAGGACUCAUGUGGAGAACACAGAAACGUCGACAGAAACAGCAGACUCCAGUAGUGACUCAGUUAGCUCCUUGGAGCAACUGGACCUGCUCUUUGAGAAGGAACAAGGAGUGGUCCGGAAAGCUGGCUGGCUCUUUUUCAAGCCUCUUGUGACUCUUCAGAAAGAGAAGAAGCUGGAGCUUGUGGCCAGGAGGAAAUGGAAACAGUAUUGGGUAACUCUUAAAGGAUGUACCCUGCUGUUCUAUGAGACAUAUGGGAAAAAUUCCAUGGAUCAAAGUAGUUCACCUAGAUGUGCUCUUUUUGCGGAAGAUAGCGUAGUGCAGUCUGUCCCUGAACAUCCCAAGAAGGAAAAUGUAUUCUGCCUCAGCAACUCCUUUGGAGAUGUCUACCUUUUUCAGGCCACUAGCCAGACUGACCUGGAAAAUUGGGUGACUGCCAUACAUUCUGCUUGUGCCUCUCUUUUUGCAAAGAAGCAUGGGAAAGAAGACACAGUCCGGUUGUUAAAGAAUCAGACCAAAAACCUACUCCAAAAGAUUGACAUGGACAGCAAGAUGAAAAAAAUGGCUGAGCUGCAGCUCUCUGUGGUUAGUGACCCUAAGAACAGGAAAGCCAUAGAAAAUCAGAUCCAGCAGUGGGACCAGAAUCUAGAAAAAUUUCACAUGGAUCUCUUCAGGAUGCGCUGCUAUUUGGCCAGUCUACAAGGUGGAGAGUUACCAAAUCCCAAGAGUCUCCUUGCUGCCACGAGUCGUCCUUCUAAACUGGCACUGGGCAGAUUGGGCAUCUUAUCAGUUUCUUCCUUCCAUGCUCUGAUAUGCUCCAGAGAUGAAUCAGCUCUUCGGAAACGAACAUUGUCAUUGACGCAGCAAGGUCAAAGUAAGAAGGGAUUGUUUUCAUCACUGAAAGGACUGGACACUUUGGCAAGAAAAGGGAAAGAUAAAAGGCCAUCCAUAACUCAGAUUUUUGAUUCAAGUGGCAAUCAUGGAUUUCCUGGAAAUCAGCUGCCUCAGAGCUCCAAUAAUUCCAGUGAGGUGGAUGAAUUUCUGCAUAUUUACAGUUCUGCAUCAGACAGUGGUCCCCGAGAAAACACUUGGGAAAUCCAGGCUUAUGUUCAUUUCCAGGAUAAUCAAGGAGUUACUCUAACCAUCAAACCAGAACACAGAGUGGAAGAUAUUUUGUCUCUAGCAUGCAAGAUGAAGCAACUGGACCCCAGGUACUAUGGCCUACAACUUAGAAGACUAAUUGAUGAAAACUUCGAGUAUUUAAUUCCAGCUCCUUAUGAAUAUAUGCAAGAACAGGUUUAUGAUGAAAUAGAAAUCUUCCCUCUAAGUGUUUAUCAUGUACAUCUUACUAAAACUGGGAAUGUUACUGAUUUUGGAUUUGCAGUUACAGCUCAAGUUGAUGAACAUCAGCAUCUUAGCCGAAUAUUUAUAAGUGAUGUUCUCCCUGAUGGCCUGGCAUAUGGGGAAGGGUUGAGAACAGGCAAUGAGAUCUUGACUAUAAAUGGGGAAGUUGUUUCUGACCUUGACCUUAGGCAGAUGGAAUCAUUAUUUUCUGAGAGAAGUGUGAGGCUCACCCUGAGAGCCAGUCCUUUGGAUACAAAGCAAACCCUGGGCACCUCCUGGUCAGACAGUGACCUUUCCAAGGACCAGAAAAACGUACUCCCCCCUCCUAACCAAUCACAGCUUCUGGAGGAGUUCCUGGAUAACCUUAAAAAGAACACAGCAAAUGAUUUCAGCAAUGUUCCUGAUGUUACGGCUGGUUUGAAACGAAGCCAAACCGAUGGUACCUUGGACCAAGUUACCCACAGGGAGAAAACUGAACAUACAUUUAGGAGUGCUGAACAAAUCGCUGCACUGUGUGGAAGCUUUAACGAGGCCCAGCCAAACUCAGACGGCAUGGAAGGACCCAAGGAGGCUCAGGAACCACCCCCGAGGCCGCUGGCUCGGCACCUGUCUGAUGCAGAUCGACUGAGGAAAGUUAUCCAGGAACUCAUGGACACAGAGAAGUCUUAUGUCAAGGAUCUGACCUGCCUUUUUGAAUUGUACUUAGAACCACUUCAGAACGAAACAUUUCUUACACAAGAUGAGAUGGAGUCCCUUUUUGGAAGUUUGCCAGAAAUGCUGGAGUUUCAAAAGGUGUUUCUGGAGACCCUGGAGGAUGGUAUUUCUUCAUCCUCUGACUUUAACAGACUUGAAACUCCUUCCCAGUUCAGAAAAUUACUCUUCUCCCUUGGAGGUUCUUUCCUUUAUUAUGCAGACCAUUUUAAAUUGUACAGUGGAUUCUGUGCCAAUCAUAUUAAAGUACAAAAAGUUCUAGAGAGAGCUAAAACAGACAAAGCAUUUAAGGCAUUCUUGGAUGCCCGAAACCCUACCAAGCAGCAUGCCUCCACACUGGAAUCAUACCUCAUUAAGCCCGUUCAGAGAGUUCUGAAGUACCCUCUGUUGCUCAAAGAGCUAGUGUCCUUGACAGACAAUGAGAGUGAGGAACACUAUCACCUGACAGAAGCACUGAAGGCAAUGGAAAAGGUAGCAAGUCAUAUCAAUGAAAUGCAGAAAAUAUAUGAAGAUUAUGGCACUGUGUUUGACCAGCUUGUAGCAGAACAGAGUGGGACAGAGAAGGAGGUUACAGAACUUUCCAUGGGAGAGCUCCUGCUGCACUCUACAGUUUCCUGGUUGAAUCCUUUCCUGUCUCUAGGAAAAGCAAGGAAGGAUCUUGAACUCACAGUAUUUGUUUUUAAGAGAGCUGUCAUACUGGUUUAUAAAGAAAAUUGCAAACUGAAGAAGAAAUUGCCCUCCAGUUCCCGGCCUGCAAAUGUUCAUGGUGACCUGGACCCAUUCAAAUUCCGGUGGCUGAUUCCCUUAUCCGCUCUUCAAGUCAGACUGGGAAAUGCAGCAGGGACAGAAAACAAUUCCAUCUGGGAGCUGAUCCACACUAAGUCAGAGAUAGAAGGCCGGCCAGAAACUAUUUUUCAGUUAUGUUGCAGUGACUGUGAAAGUAAAACCAACAUUGUAAAGGUGAUCCGUUCCAUCCUGCGGGAGAAUUUCAGGCGUCACAUAAAGAGUGAAUUGCCACUGGAGAAGACAUGUAAAGAUCGCCUGAUACCACUCAAAAAUCGUGUUCCUGUUUCAGCCAAAUUAGCUUCAUCAAGGUCCUUAAGGGUACUAAAGAAUUCUUCCAGCAAUGAGUGGAACAGCGAUACUGGAAAAGGAAACUUACUGGAUUCUGAUGAAUGUAGCCUGAGUAGUAGUACGCAAAGCAGUGGUUGUCACACAACAGAAAGUAGGCAGGAAUCCAAGGAUUCAUCACCUGAGAAGUACCCACAGACAUGUUCAUCUGAUUUUUCAGACAGUCUUAUUAAAGAGUCCGAUAUUCUAAGCGAUGAAGAUGAUGAUUUUCAUCACACUCUGAAAAAGGGCAGCCCUACAAAAGAUAUUGAAAUUCAGUUCCAAAGGCUGAAGAUCUCUGAGGACCCUGAUGGUGGCAGCACAACUGAUCAACAGCCCAGAACAGAGGUUGUAAAUAAUCAUAACAGUGCUGAGCAUCCUAAAUUGGUGCGUGGACAUUUCUGUCCCAUUAAACGGAAAGCAAACAGUACCAAAAGGGAUAGAGGGACUUUGCUAACGCUACAAGCACGCCAUCAGUCUCUUGACAGUAAAUCUGAAAAUGCUAACAAUGAUUUAAAUUCCAUACUAGAGAGGGAAUUCAGUGUCCAGAGUUUAACAUCUGUUGUUAAUGAGGAGUGCUUUUAUGAGACUGAGAGCCAUGGAAAAUCAUAGCGCUGACUCUAAAGUUUAAAUUUUAAUCCACAUAUGGUUUAAGUGGCUCAUUUUGCUUUUCAACUAGUGAUAAAAUGGAAAUUGCCAGAAAACUACUAACUUUGGUUUUGUGCACUAUGUUUUCCCACAAAAGAAUAGCUGUAAAGGUUUAAGUUAUUUUAAUUUAUUGUAUAUCAGAAAAGUAGAUUAAGCUGGUCAGAAUCUGUAAAUUACUUAGUUUAUAUCCUUUUUUUGAGCAGGUAUCAAAAUUAUUUGGUGUCCUUAAAAUAAAAUUGCAUUUUAAUUAUUUUAAGUUAUGUGAAAAAAGUAAGGUGGGAAAUUUGUGAUUAAUUGCUUUUUAAAAGGUCAAGUUUUUUAAUCCUCUGGGCAUUUUCUUUCAGCUGUUUAUCUUUGCUUAAUUAUGCUUUAAAGUUAUUUUUCAAUGUGGUUUAGGGGCACAAUGUGCAAGAAUUUCAUUUUGUAAGGUUAUAAGAGAGGCUGUUUAUAAUAAACAUAUAUAUAAAUAUAUCUAUGCAGUAUAUCUAUUAAAAGAACGCUUGUACUUUAA